AUGGCGGACCAAAAUAUUUCCCAGUAUAAGUACUCGGCGAUGUCCAACCUGGUUCUCCAGGCGGACCGUCGUUUCAUUUCUCGCAUCAACGAUGAACCUACCGGCGACCCAGAGUCCCUCGCAGGUCGGAUUAGUAUUCGGGAAAUGGGCGGCCGAAUGGCGCGUGAUGAUGCGCCAAAGACGAAAAAGAAAGCCGGUCUGACCGAGAUCGAGCGAGGUUCGAUUCGAGAAGGCGAGGACGUACUCGCCCGAGAACAAAAGAAGCGCCAACGAGGCCAACCUGCACAAUUACGAGGUCAAGGUAUCCUUUCGGCUGCCGAUGCUGUUGUCGAAGGGUUGAAAUACCGCCCCCGGACGCCUGCCACCCGAGCCACAUAUGAUCUUAUCCUUACCAUGACCGCAAACCAUCUUGGCGAUGUUCCUCAUGAAGUCGUACGAAGUGCUGCCGAUGCCGUGCUGGAGUACCUGAAGGAUGAGGAAAUGAAAGAUUUCGAUAAGAAGAAGGAGAUUGAUGACUUGCUUGGCAGUUCUAUGAACCCUAAAGAAUUCAAUGAGCUUGUGAAUUUGGGCAAGAAGAUCACCGAUUAUGAAGCGCAAGACGAAGAUGAAGAUAUGGACGGUGGUCUUCUGGGUGAAGGCGAAGAGGAACUUGACGAACGCCAAGGUGUUGCCGUCGUUUUCGACGAGGAAGACGAAGAUGACGAGCGGAUGGGCACUGUCAAUGAAGUGCGAGACGAGGAUGAGUUGUCAGACGAGGACGAGGCAGAUCAGCAAGACGCACCCGACGCUGACGAAUUAAACGCCGACAAGGCAGACGCCGAUGGUCUCGACGCCGAGGAAAUGGUAAUAGACGGCGGCGUGGACCGUGGUGGUAAUCGAGGGGAUAAAGCACUCAACGUUUCCGCUCGUGAAAUUGAUGCCUACUGGCUUCAGCGCGAGAUCGGUAAAGCAUACUCAGAUGCCCAUAUCCAACAAGAGAAGGCUACGGAGGCACUUGAGAUCCUUGGUGGUAAAGGCGAGGACGGCGCUGAGAAGCCACUCCGUGAUGUGGAAAACGAUCUAAUGGAGCUCUUCGACUAUGACUAUCCGGAUCUCGUUGCUAAACUGGUUACGAACCGUGACAAGAUUGUUUGGACCACUCGGUGGCGUAGGGUGGCUGAAGAUGCGGAUGCCCGCCACUUGGUUGAGAGCGAAAUGGUCGAAGCCGGUCAUCGUGCCAUUUUGGAUGAAAUUCGAGGAAAGACAGCUCGUGAUGACGGAAGCAGUCGCCCUGAGAAAAAGAUCAAGCUCGACCUUAUGGAUGUUGAUGUACCAAAUGCUCCUGCCCCAGAAGAAAAGCCAGCCGAUGGCGGCUUGGUCCGAGGCCUUCAGCCCAAACGGCUGAUCAAUCUGGAAAACCUCGUCUUCCAUCAAGGAAAUCACUUGAUGACAAACCCCAGUGUCAAAUUACCCCAAGGUUCGACCAAGCGGACAUUCAAAGGAUACGAAGAGAUUCAUGUACCGCCUCCCAAAGCGAAGAGAGACCCCGGAGAGAAGAACAUCCCGACCACGGAACUUCCCGAGUGGGCGCGGGUUGGUUUUGGAAGCUCGAAGGAACUCAACCGUAUUCAGACCAAGUGUUUCCCUUCGGCUUUCCAUGAUGAUGGUAACAUGCUUGUCUGUGCGCCUACAGGAUCCGGAAAGACAAAUGUCGCCAUGCUCACCGUCCUCCGAGAGAUUGGAAAGAACCGUAACCCUCAGACGGGUGAAAUCAUGCUGGACGAUUUUAAGAUUGUUUUUAUCUCCCCCUUGAAAGCCUUGGUUCAGGAGCAAGUCGGAAACCUUGGCAAGCGUUUGGAGCCCUAUGGCAUCAAAGUCGCCGAACUCACCGGCGAUCGCCAGCUUACAAAGCAGCAAAUUGCGGAAACUCAGGUCAUUGUUACGACCCCAGAGAAGUUCGAUGUGGUUACGAGAAAGGCAUCAGAGACGAGCUAUAUUAAGCUUGUGCGGCUUAUUAUCAUUGAUGAGAUCCAUCUUCUUCACGACGAUCGUGGCCCUGUCAUCGAAAGCAUCGUAAGUCGGACCAUUCGCAAGGGCGAGCAGACUGGUGAACCUGUCCGAAUUGUUGGUCUGAGUGCCACCCUCCCUAACUACCGGGAUGUGGGAAGCUUCCUGAGAGUGGACCCCGUAAAAGGCCUAUUCCAUUUCGAUGGCUCCUAUAGGCCUUGUCCGUUAAAGCAGGAGUUCAUUGGUGUUACAGACAAGAAGGCCAUCAAACAAUUGAAGACCAUGAAUGAUAUCUGUUAUAAUAAGGUCAUCGAGCAAGUCGGGCAGCGUAGGAACCAGAUGCUUAUCUUCGUUCACUCUCGGAAAGAGACUGCCAAGACUGCGAAGUAUAUCCGAGACAAGGCCUUGGAGAUGGAGACUAUUGGUCAAAUCUUGCGAAGCGAUGCUGCUAGCCGAGCCAUUUUGGCCGAAGAAGCGGAGUCGGUAGAUGAUGCAUCGCUUAAGGAUCUACUUCCCUACGGUUUCGGUAUCCAUCAUGCUGGUUUGAGUCUUGCCGACCGUGACUCAGUCCAGGCACUCUUUGCAGACGGCAGCAUUCAGGUUUUGGUUUGUACCGCGACUCUUGCUUGGGGUAUUAACCUUCCUGCACAUACAGUCAUCAUCAAGGGCACCCAGGUUUAUUCUCCAGAGAAGGGUAGCUGGGUUGAACUCAGUCCUCAAGAUGUCCUGCAAAUGUUGGGAAGAGCUGGUCGACCGCAAUAUGACACUUUCGGCGAAGGUAUCAUCAUCACUUCUCAGACUGAAAUUCAGUACUACCUUUCCCUCAUGAAUCAACAACUUCCUAUCGAGAGUCAGCUUGUAAGCAAACUUGCGGAUAAUAUGAAUGCCGAGAUUGUUCUUGGAAAUAUCCGGACGCGUGAUGAGGGCGUUGACUGGUUGGGUUACACCUACCUCUUCGUCCGUAUGCUCCGCUCUCCUGGGCUGUAUAGUGUUGGUGCCGAUUAUGAGAACGACGAUGCUUUAGAGCAGAAGCGCGUUGACCUCGUCCACUCUGCGGCAGUGAUCUUGGAGCGGGCAGGACUUGUGAAAUAUGAGAAGAAGACUGGCCGUCUUCAGUCUACCGAGCUGGGCCGGGUCGCUUCGCAUUAUUACAUUGGCCACAACUCCAUGUUAACGUACUCUCAGCAUCUUCAGCCAUCAGUUACUACCAUUGAGCUCUUCCGAAUCUUCGCUCUUAGCGAUGAGUUUAAGUAUAUCCCUGUCCGUCAGGAUGAGAAGCUUGAACUGGCGAAGCUUCUGGGCCGUGUGCCAGUUCCUGUCAAGGAAGGUAUUGAUGAGCCUCAUUCGAAAAUCAAUGUUUUGCUACAGGCUUAUAUUUCGAGGCUGAAGCUCGAUGGCCUUGCUUUGAUGGCAGACAUGGUUUAUGUCACCCAAUCUGCUGGUCGUCUUCUGCGAGCUCUAUUCGAGAUUGCGCUAAGGAAGGGUUGGUCGUCUGUUGCCAAGACAGCUCUCGACCUCUGUAAGAUGGCUGAACGACGCAUGUGGCCGACAAUGACACCUCUUCGUCAGUUCCCAUCCUGCCCCAGGGACAUUAUGCAAAAGGCCGAAAGAAUUGAUGUGCCGUGGGCAAGCUAUCUUGACCUUGAUCCUCCGCGCAUGGGUGAGCUUCUGGGUAUGCCGAAGGCCGGACGUGUUGUCUGCGACCUUGUGUCCAAGUUCCCUCGUUUGGAAGUCCAAGCACAAGUUCAACCAGUGACACGGUCCAUGCUACGCGUUGAAUUGACCAUCACACCCAACUUUGUUUGGGACGAGGCUUUGCACGGAACCGCGCAGGAUUUCUGGAUUGUAGUGGAGGACUGUGAUGGCGAGGAAAUCCUUUUCCACGAUCAGUUCAUACUUCGCAAAGACUAUUCGCAGUCGGAGAUGAACGAGCAUCUUGUUGAGUUCACAGUUCCUAUCACGGAGCCGAUGCCCCCCAAUUACUUCAUUUCACUCAUCUCCGAUCGUUGGAUGCAUUCCGAAACGAAGAUCGCUGUCUCCUUCCAGAAGUUGAUUCUCCCAGAGAGAUUUCCCCCGCAUACUCCUCUAUUGGCCAUGCAAAGUGCUCCCGUUAAGGCACUGAAGCGUGAUGAGUACCAGAACUUAUACUCCGAUUGGCAGUAUUUUAAUAAGAUCCAAACGCAGACCUUCAAGUCGCUCUUUGAUACAGAUGAUAAUGUCUUCAUCGGUGCUCCUACUGGAAGCGGAAAGACUGUAUGCGCGGAACUUGCGAUACUGCGUCAUUGGGCUAAGGAGGAUAGCGGCCGCGCUGUCUAUCUUGCCCCCUUCCAGGAACUGGUCGAUCAACGACACGCUGACUGGGAGAAGAGGCUGAGCAAACUCGCCGGUGGCAAGACUAUUGUUAAGCUUACUGGGGAGACUACAGCGGACCUGAAGCUCCUGGAGCGGGCAGACCUUGUCCUCGCCACCCCAGCACAGUGGGACAUCCUCUCUAGGCAAUGGCAGAGGCGUAAGAAUGUACAGACUGUGCAGCUCUUCAUCGCCGAUGAGCUCCACAUGCUGGGAGGCUAUGGGGGCUAUGUUUAUGAGGUCGUGGUGUCGCGCAUGCACUCAAUCGCCCUUCAGCUGGAGAAUGGCAUGCGUAUCAUUGGUCUGAGUGUGUCGCUCGCUAACGCUCGGGAUAUUGGUGAAUGGAUUGGUGCCAACAAACAUACCAUCUACAAUUUCAGCCCCCAUGCCCGUCCAGUUCCUCUGGAACUCCAUAUUCAGUCCUUUAGCAUCCCUCAUUUCCCCUCCCUCAUGUUGGCGAUGGCCAGACCGGCAUAUUCUUCGAUCUUGCAGCUCUCACCUGACAAGCCCGCAAUCAUUUUCGUGCCAAACCGCAAGCAGACCCGUUCUACCGCCAUGGAUCUGCUGGCCGCUUGUGCCACCGAUGACAAUGAAGACCGAUUCUUGAAUGCCGAUGUCAACGAAUUGGCGCCGCUGCUUAACCGGGUCCAGGAGCAGACUUUGGCCGAGUCACUGUCUCACGGUAUCGGAUACUAUCACGAGGCAUUGAGUCCUACAGACAAGCGGAUUGUCUCCCACCUUUUCUCGAUUGGUGCUAUUCAAGUGCUCCUUGCUUCACGCGACGUGUGCUGGGAGCUCAAUCUCACAGCACACUUGGUAAUCGUCAUGGGAACGCAGUUCUUUGAAGGCCGCGAACAUCGGUAUAUCGAUUAUCCUAUCAGCGAAAUUCUGCAAAUGUUUGGUAAGGCCUCUCGCCCUGGCGAAGAUAAGAUUGGCCGAGGCGUGCUCAUGGUUCCGUCCGUCAAACGGGAAUACUACAAGAAGUUCCUUAAUGAGGCGCUUCCUGUGGAGAGCCAUUUGCAGGCUUACUUGCAUGAUUCUUUCGUGACCGAAAUCAGCACCAAAGUCGUUGCCUCUACCCAGGAUGCCGUCGACUGGAUGACGCACACAUACUUCUACCGCCGCCUCCUGGCUAACCCCAGCUUCUACGGUCUCACUGAUGUCAGCUACGAGGGCCUCAGCACAUUUUUGUCAGAGCUUGUAGAGAACACUUUGAAGGAACUUUCUGAAGCCAAGAUCAUCGAUUUGGAUGAAGAAGACGAUAGUGUUUCACCUCUUAAUGCCGCCAUGAUCGCAGCUUACUACAAUAUCUCUUUCAUCACUAUGCAGACCUUCCUCCUUUCCUUGUCGGCUCGCACCAAACUCAAGGGUAUUCUGGAGAUUGUCACAUCUGCUACGGAGUUCGAGUCCAUCCAGAUGCGUCGCCACGAGGAUCACAUUCUGCGCCGCGUGUACGACCGGGUGCCAGUCAAGAUGUCCCAGGCUGCUUACGACUCCCCACACUUCAAGGCCUUUGUUUUGCUGCAAGCUCACUUCUCGCGCAUGCAACUCACCAUUGACCUGGCGAAGGAUCAAGAAGUCAUCGUUAGCAAGGUUCUCAACUUGCUUAGCGCGUGUGUGGACGUCCUCUCCUCGGAAGGCCAUCUAAAUGCUAUGAACGCCAUGGAGAUGUCCCAGAUGGUUGUCCAGGCCAUGUGGGAUCGGGAUAGCCCUCUCAAGCAGAUCCCUCACUUCAGCCCCGAAGUGAUCAAGGUGGCUAAUGAGUUCGGCAUCAACGACAUCUUUGAGUUUAUGGAAGCUAUGGACCCGUCGGAGAACAAGGAUUACGCUACACUGGUCAAGCGUCUUGGUCUUGACAACAAGCAAUUGGCACAGGCAGCAGCCUUCACUAACGACAAAUACCCCAACAUUGAUGUCGACUUCCAGGUCGAAGAUCCGGACGAUAUCACCGCUGGCGAGCCUGCGUACCUCAAGGUCAAGAUCGAACGGGAAGUUGAAGAAGAUGAGGAACCCGAUAUGACGGUGCACGCCCCCUUCUACACUAACAAGAAGAUGGAGAACUGGUGGUUGGUCGUGGGAGAUGAGAAGACCAAGAACUUGCUUGCGAUCAAGCGAGUUACCGUUGGGCGGAAGUUGGAGUUGCGUCUCGAAUACAUCGUUCCUACCCCUGGCGAGCAUGAAUUGACAUUGUACCUGAUGAGCGACAGCUAUGUGGGUGUUGACCAAGCACCAACUUUCAAUGUCACCGCCGCCGAGGGGAUGGAAGAAGACGAGAGCGAAGAAGACGAGGAGUAA